GCGUGUGCUACGGCAGGGCUACUGUACCUCAAAUCAUUGACAAAAUAAUUUUGUCCAUAAUUCUCAAAUUACAUCAUAAACAGCAAGUGGGGUUAGCCUCGUCGGGUAAGCUUAUAAACAGCAAGUGGGGUUAGCCUCGUCUGGUAAGCUCAUAAACAGCAAGCGGGGUUAGCCUCCCCUUGCGUUCCCGUCUAAACUUACGCAAUAGCCAAACUAACAUACAUGUAUAUGUACCAGUACAGCCAACAUACAUGUAGAAACAGAAAUGCAAAUCCGGAAAACUCUUUACGUUAGUUUGUCUUUUUCUCUUGUGAAAAUGAAAUUAUCUUUGAAUACCCAUUUAGUUUAUUCAGAAAGCAUGCGUGCGUAAGUGUUAUCACAUCCUGUAGUUAAAAACUGGACGAAAUAUUUCAUCUAACGACAUGCCACACGUGAUGACGGUCCAGAGUUUAAUAGAACUCAUUACGUCUUGUGGUACGUUUAGAUAUACUCAAAUGAUGAUGCUUAGGUCUAAAUGAUGUCAAUGUGCUUCCAUAUGAAGUUAGCCAUAGAUAGUGGAAACACGCAAUAAACCUGUACUCCGCUGCGUUGACUAUUUCGACAAUACAGUUUUAAAAAGGUAGGCCGUUUAUUGUCCCACAGCCGCAUUUUUUUACUCAGAUUCGUGGUACUUCUUGGAUAAUAUCCUCGUUCGGUGCUUCAGUUUUGACCUAGAUCAGUUCUAUUCUAAUUCUCUGUUUGAACGCCUCUCAAAACAGCGAGACUGUAUAUAGAUGAAAUGUACACAAGGCAGAUGUUAAUAUCCUGUACAUCGACCUAUUUAAGCUGUUAUGCAAAAGCACGGUAAUCGUGCAGUGGCUGAAUAACAGAAUAACAGUCUCGCAUAGAGCAGAGAACGUGUGAGGUGUACGCAUUACAGGACACAGAGAGUUAAGCCCGUGUUAAGUUUGUGCUGUUUGAAGUUUUCUAGUUUUUGAAGAGGAACUAACAGAGAAAGUUGCUCUGAUAAGCAUGCCCUGUUCUUGAUCCGAGACUAAAUGUAACAAGGACAUGUUUAUUUACAUUAAAUCAUUCAUUUACGUGCCAUGUGAUGGAAUUCAAACACGAGUUACGAAGUACGGGUAUUUCAUUUCAUAGCUCCCACGAUAUCAUAAUCUAGCUGAUAUGCAUUUCGACGAGUUUCUAAAGAUCCUUGGACAAUUUGGGACCUACCAGAAGCAGAGGUAUACCCUCAUCUGCCUUGUAGCCUUGUACUCUGUAGUCUCAAUGUUUGGAAUUGUAUUCUACGGUGUAGUACCUCAGCAUCACUGCAAGAUUCCCCAGCACCACGUGGAACAUGUAAACAGCACAAUCGGCACCGUGACGUCAGAAACCCUGCUUCGUAUCACUGUGCCGCACAACGAAGAUGGCAAACCCAGCAGCUGUAGCCUAUAUUCUUUAAAUGACUUGUUUUUGAAUAGAACAGGUUUUGAAAAUGAUGUCGUGCCAUUCAAUAAAACAGCUUUUGUUCAGUACCAUAUAUCUGCCGCAAACGUUGCGUACAAACUUAAUCAAACACCUGAUGAUGUGAAUCGUUAUCGUUGGUCAAACAAAUCCGUUCAAACAAUGGAAUCAAGGGAUGGUGGUGAAAUUCUUCAAAGUGACAGAAGAAGAACCCAACCCUGCCCAGAAGGACGAGUGUACAGCACAGACGUCUACCAGUCCACAAUAGUAUCUGAGUUCGAUUUGAGCUGUGAGAAUAAAUGGCAGCUAAGAACAACAACCUCUGUAUUCUUUGCUGGGAAACUGGCUGCAACGUUACUGUCUGGGAUGGCGGCUGACAGGUUUGGCAGGCGUCCGGUGUUCUUAGUGGGAAUGAUUCUGCUAGCAUUGUCAGGUGUGGCACUAGCGUUCUCCCCUAACAUGAUCGUCUUUACGGUGCUGUAUGUGAUACAAGGGGCAAGCGAUGCCUGUGUAUUCCAGUCCAUCUACACUCUUGGUAUGGAAUGGGUGGGCCCGAAGAAGAGACGAAUUGCAGGGAUGGGGAUCAGCAUCUGUUUUGGACUCGGUCAUUCUUUUUUGGCAUUGGAGGCGUACUUUCUCCGUAAUUGGCGCCAUCUAGCGCUGGUGGCAAGUGCUCCGGGAGUACUAUUCAUAGCAUUCUGGUUCUUCUUCGGGGAAUCUGUACGCUGGCUUCUUGCACGUGGGCGUUAUGAAGACGCUAAGGUUAUCAUAGCCAAAGUAGCCAAGACAAAUAAAGUUGAAUUGGAAGACAGUGUGUGGGAGAGUUUGUUCAAGGAGAAGAGCGAAGUGAAGCAGACGACACACACUUUUAUUGAUUUGUUUCGAACCUGGAGGAGAGCGGUCAUGACAACUACCCUUGUUUUCGUUUGGUUUAGCAGUAAUAUAGGUUACUCUGGCUUAGCGUUAAACGCCGAGGGGUUGGGUGCCAAUGUAUACCUUAAUUUUGCUUUGCUUGGCGCCGCAGACGUUCCAGGGAUGGUGCUGUCUAUGUUUCUUCUAGACAAAAUUGGAAGGAGGAAAAUAAUAUUUUUUUCUAUGUGUGUUGGUGGAGUUGCUUGCGUAUUGACCGGAGUUAUCCCUAAAGAUAUGCAUUGGUUGGUAGUCACAUUGGCACUCAUUGGUAAAAUGAUGAUAGGAGGCGGGGGAGCUGUAAUCUGCAUGCUAGCGGCUGAGUCUUACCCAACUGUUAUUAGAAACGUGAGCCUUAGCUUCGCCGCCUCGAUGGCGCGUCUGGGAGGAGUUGUCGCACCUCAAAUCUUGCUUCUAAGUCAAUUCUUCAAGCCUCUUCCAUCUGUCGUUUGGGGUUGUACGGCCAUAUCUGCCGGAGUGAUGUCAUUAUUUUUGAGGGAGACAUUAGGGAAGCCGUUGCCUCAAACAAUGGAGGAACUGGACGUUAUGCUUGCAGAAAGGAGCAUGAAGUUCUGGAAAAAGGUACCACAAAGCGACGAAGCGGCAAAGGAGACAGAAAUGCAAGCCAUGGAUGCCUGAUGUCCAGUGUAAUUUAAAUCUCUUCAAAUUGUUAUAUCGACUUCACUCAAGUUUAUCUAUAUAAUUUUAUACAAGCAAGCCGCAAAUUUUAAUUUUAAUUUGACUUAAAAGUUAGGAUUAAAUUUUGUUCUCAUGUUUUUGCUACUCGUUUUUGCUACUCGCACAUGGAAGGUGCUGAAGGCGCAAGUGCUCGUUUACGCUCAAUGCUAACAGACAAGCACAGUGGUAUAGGCUAGCUGUCUUAAUAUAGUCAUGUCUUCCCUUGACACGUCUCCCACUUCAAAACAUCGUGACAUCGCCAGAGACUGGGCAGAUAAACCAGUAUUACAUUAGUCCAUUUUUGAUAACGUUAUGAAGAGGGUAUUUCCCCUGGCCACAUCCGGCACCACUAAAGUCAUCCAAGGCGUAAUCCCACGUGAAGGCGCCAGCAUAACCUUGGGCUUUUAUCCAUUCCACCUAAAACGGAGCGCUUUUAUCUAUAUGUGUCUAACGAUGGAAAAGCGACUAGUUUAUCACUAAUCAUCACAUUUAAAUGUGUGCAAGAAUUACUGGCGUUUUUCACACCACUGAUUGACAGUGCUCUACCACUAGUUCUCGUCCUUUGAAAUAUGAAAUGUGCUUUUUUUCAUUUUCAAUGUUUUUUU